UAGCGACAUACUCUCCAGAAGUGCGUCUACCGUGGCGUCGGACUGCGGCAGCACGUGAAUAGACGACAUCUCGUGCAGUGCUCGAUACCGAGCCUGGAAAGUUAUGCACAUCGCUUGGAAAUGUGCGCAAAUGCUGGCUGCAUGAGUAAGCGCGAAGGACAAGGAAACAGGCGCGAAGGACAGACGCGAAGGACAUAUGGCGUCCAAGCUUGACAAAAUAAUCAGCAUACGUUGAAUCGAGCAUCGGGCCAGGCCUCGAGGCUCGCCACGCCGGGGCAAGAUAUCAGCCGUCAUGCUUCGAUUUCCUUGCAAAACUUCAGAUCGGGACACGAAUCGAAUCAGUAUUCGUCGACGCUACUAUCUACUCGCCAUCUUUCAAGAAUGAAUACGGCCAUGCUGGGUUGGGACUCAUUUGCUCAUCCGGUCGCCCUCUUGUCUCUAUUCACACUUUGCUGCAUCUGGACAUGGUGGAAGUCCGCCAACCGAGCUGUCAAGCAGCCCGCACCUGAAAAGCCACACAAGAUCGCGGAGCACAUCAUCGCAGCUGCACCUCAGCUUGAAUCUGCGAAGACUUAUAGAAGUCUGUACUAUAAGAUACAGAAUCUCGAGUUCUUUCCAGAAUGCAUUCUGCAAGCGCGGCAAGUCCUCGCAGGCCUUCUCGUUGAGGGUCUGCAGAAAGAACACUACCGAUGUCGCAAGGAGAGCCUCCUAGACCUGGUAGAUUAUGACCCGAUAAGGCUGAGCCACUUCAUCAAAGCCAAUCUCAACGAUACCUUAGACCAGUGGGUCAGAUACGUAGAUCGAAGAAAGGCUGGACAGGGCCCGGAACUGUUUAGCACUCACGACCAAGCGAAAGCAUGGCUUGUCAGCCAAGCACCAUUGAACUACGUGGAUGGGGCUUGGCUAAGUCAUAUUCAUAAAACAGACACCCCGUUCCAAUUGCGCAGUAUAACUGUCCAUGCUUGGCAAAUCCUGUCUGAAGAACUUGGCGAUGGCAACCUGGAAGAAAAUCAUGUUCAGCUCUUUAUAUCGUUACUCCGAUCCGUGGGAGCCAACUUACCCGAAGGCGACACACUGGCCUUCGCCGAAUCUACGGAUGGCAUGAACGAUGAACUUGUGUGGAAGGCAGCCGUAACUCAAUUGAUUGUAUCGCUCUUCCCACACGAGUUUCUCCCGGAGAUUCUCGGCUUCAAUCUGCACUUCGAGCAACUUUCAAUGCAGACUCUGAAGGCAGCGAAAGAGCUUGAGGAGUUCGCGAUCUCUGGAAAAUACUACUCGUUGCAUAUAUCCGUUGACAACAUCGAUUGUGGACAUUCUGCCAUGGCACUGGAGAUCAUCGAUCGCUACAUGAAACAUAUUGCACAGAGUGGAAGCGACGAGGCUCAAUCAUUCUGGAAACGGAUUCAAGCAGGUUAUCUACUAUCUCAAAAUCUCGACGACUGCACAACUGCAAAGCAACACGAAGAGCAACUAGCCAAGUCGCUCUCCGAGAAGAUGCUUGUCUCGAGCAAGAUUCAUUGCGGAAGUCGAGUACGUGUUGGAAAGCUGAGUCUUCAAGACUGGAUGAAUACUCUGGGACGAAUCAACGAUGAGGGCUCUAGCCAGGAAUUUCUCAGCAUCCUAGCUGGCGCGAAGCCGUGGGUCAAGCGCGGUGACAGCAAGGGUAGUCUUAUCAUGCGCGAAAUAUCGCGGGGCGGAAAAAUGUUUGGAGCCUUCACGGCGAUGGAAGUCAGCCGUUUGCGCACGUGGAUUGAUGGUUUGAGCGAUCAGGUUCUUUCAGACGAAGAGAAAUACUGGCGAAAAAUUGGACAGCAAGACCAGGAACACAUAGUCAUCGCCAUACCAUCAUACGCGAUGCUCGUCGGCCAAGAUGAGAUGAGCUGUCCGCAGCUGCCUAGAUACGUCCUGCAUGGCAAAGACUUCACCCCGCGCCCACCAAUCGAAGGAUCAGGCGUGGAAAUGAGAGAUCUAGUGUCGCUUUGGUUUGCACACUGCUUCUUGUUGGAGAGCCUCGUCACCUCGCCUUACAGAACUGCAAAUGCCCUCAGCUCUUGUGUCCUGAGAAUACUUCGAGCCGAACGGGGCUACAAGAUCAGCGGAGACAGCAUUGCAGGCAUGGACGAGCUCGUGCAGGUCACUCGUAAUCCAUCUCUCGUCGACAUUGGUUUGGAAAUCAUCCGCAGGCAACAGCUGCCAUAUCCGGAUACUCUGCACGAGAUCAUCAAGCCUAACAACAGAGAUGCAUCAAAAGCUUCCGAUCUAUCGCAGGCAAUGAUAUCUUGGGCGGCAAAGCCUCUGCAGAACAGAGUUUUCCUCCUUGGUAUCGCGCGGGCCUUCGUUGAUUUGGAGCUAUGGGUCGGUGCCGGGGCGGACAUCUUGCCGCCGCAAGCAGGCGCGGCUCUCAGGCAGAUUGUUGCCUCGAAAAUGGAUGCUUUCAAUGAUUGUUGGCAGGAGCUUAGCACAUUCGCGAGUGAAGCCAGCGAAUUUGUGAGCGCAUACCACUUCGGUCGCGCCAAGAUCGCAGAGACGCUCUUUUCUGAACAAGAUGAGAAUGUGCAACAUGUCCCGCACGACAGCGAAAAACAUUGACCGCGCGUUGGUCC